AUGCUGAAAAGAGGGAGAAAACGCUCAGUCUGGGCCGAAGUGAACGAGUGGGACGACGACCAGAGGGCCAUCAGGGGCAACAAUCAGUCCGAAUCUAAAAUGCCAGAAGACGAGACCUCGGGCUUUCUUGAAGAUCAAACUUCAGAAGACGAUUCUGAGACGAUUCCAGCGCCGCGAAAUGGAGCCGAGCGAUCCAGCAGCCUCAGCCACUCGACGAUCCACUACUCGGUGGCGCAGCUCAUCGGCGACGUAAUCGGCUUUUGCAGGACCUGCGUGAGAUUCUCCGUCAUUACCACCGGUCUAGUGGAGCACAUUAAAUGGUCUAGAUGGGCCUUCGUCGUCAUCGAGUUCAUCAUUCUUUACACUUCAUCUGCUAUGCAGCUUCUCAACACAGAAAGAAAACCGACGAUCACGACUUUCUUAUUGUUCUUAAUUGGGCCCAUUUACUCGACUCUUCAAACGCUCUUCUCGCACGCCAAAUGCAUAUUCUACGGUCUGCAGAAUCGACGUCAUAAAGGGCUUUAUGGAAGGAAGCUGAUGAUCGAAAUGGAAGCCAUGGCCAGACACUCAGCUCUUUACUGGAUGACCGAAGAUGCAAUGCUCCUUGGCAGCAGCGCGUUGUUUUUGACUCUGGCUCAUCAGGCCGAUUGGCUUCAAUUUCCUCUUCCCAACAAGUUUUUUCUCACAAAAUCCAUCAGACAGGUUUGUAUGGAGCGAAAUGGGCUGACAAGCCUGAAUGUUCCGGAAUGGGUGCUUUGCGGCGUCGGCUGGAUCCUGACGUUCUUCAGUUAUUGGCCAAUGGACUACCUCUUUAUUACGAGAAUCUGGAUUUUACUGUGGAGUUGUAUGUGGGCCUGCGACUUUGUUGACUUUACCUGGAGUCUGUUCGUCUUUCCAAAGGUCAAAGGAAGAGCGUUUCGGCCCGGGCCGGUUCCGCAACUGCACCAAGCAGUGAAUCGACUCAUGGAACUUGGCUUCAGAGCAUUUGCAAUUGUCUUGUCUUCUUCUUUAUUCAUACCGAUGAUUUUCCGCAGCUUGCUAGCAGACGAGCACUUCCACGACAAGGACAUCUUCAUGAACGCUCUUUACACUUACGGCUACGAAGCUGUAGGUGCAUUCGCCCAGCCGAUGAAUGACACGGAAAAGAGAGAGUGCUACAAACCCCCGAUCUUCAGCGAUUGCCAGCAGUACAAUCUCGUUUCUUACAAUGUUUCAGAAGAGAUUCACGACAUCAAGAAGUCUUCUCAAAUCGUCCUAAAGCGCGACUCGUAUUCGGAAAUCCACGAAGCAGUUGAGUACUCGAUCCUGAUUUACUGCUUGAUGAUGAUGCUGUUGACGAUUUUGUACCACUGCUCGACGGAAUACCUUCGCAGAGGGCGAAUUCGCGUCACGGAAUUUCACGUCAUUCUUCAGAAGUCGGUCCUCUUCGCUCCUUAUUCGAGAUAUCUCUGGGGAAAGCGCAAAAAUGAACCGUCAAAGUUUCGCUCAGUAUACAUCGCUCUUCAAAUCGCUUCAAUUCCAAUGCUGAUCGGCAUCGCCGGCUACGUCCUGAUGGAUUUCACUUCCUACGACUUCCCACUCAUCGAAGGUGCUACAGUUUGGGAGUCCGUUCUUCAGACCGAGUCCUACCCCGGCGGCGUUUUUAACUACAUCGCCAAGUACCUGCACUACUACAUCGGGACGAACAUCUGGGCAGUGACCGUGCUCCCUUGUCUCAUGUACUACACGGUCUACUGUUCUUCCAUCCAAGUCUAUUUCAACUAUCUUCCCAAAAUCCGCAGCUACGAGUUUAGCUCCUACCGUUCAAAAUACACCCGCUUAUUCGGCGAAUAUCAGUAA